AUAAAAAAAGGCAUUGACAAAGGCAAAAACCUUGACCACACAAAAGGGUAUGGAGAAAAGUUGUAUUCCUAAACCCUUCUUGUUCUUAGUUUUCUUGCCAUUCACAAAUCUUGACAGUGACACCCAAAAUCACAAAACCCAUCUAAUUUUUUGGUCAUAAAUUCAAAGAUCCAACACCAUGUUAGUUAUCCAUAAGAUGGCUACUGUUACUUCAACCAUUUCUCUAUCUCUUUUCUCCAAUUACCUUCACUUUGUUUCUAAAUCAUCCUGUUCAUCUUCAUCUUCUUUCCCUUUUCUAAAAAAUGUUUCUUCCAAAUUCUCUGUUAGAGAACAAUUCACUUGUGUUUCCUUAUAUAGAAGUAAACAAAAUCAGUUCUGUACAACUGCUGUUGCGUCUCCUGAAUCCACCCAAACUGUAGUUGAUGAUGAUAAUAAGAAAUUGGAGGAGACAACUUUUUCUGAAAUUAGAAUUAAAUUACCCACCAAUGAAUCUUCUGAGAAGCUUUUGAAGAUUCGUCAUACUUGUGCACAUGUGAUGGCCAUGGCUGUUCAGAAACUGUAUCCAAAUGCCAAAGUGACAAUUGGACCAUGGAUAGAUAAUGGGUUUUAUUAUGAUUUCGAUAUGGACCCUCUAACGGAUAAAGACCUGAAGCGAAUUAAGAAAGAGAUGGAUCGCAUUAUUGGUCGAAAUUUGCCACUAGUCAGAGAAGAAGUUUCCCGAGAAGAAGCCCAGAGGAGAAUAAUGGCUCAGAAUGAACCGUACAAAUUGGAAAUUUUGGACAGCAUAAAAGAAGAACCCAUCACUAUUUAUCACAUUGGGGAUGAGUGGUGGGAUCUUUGUGCUGGUCCCCAUGUUGAAUCGACGGGAAAUAUUAGUAGGAAAGCCAUUGAGCUUGAAUCUGUUGCUGGUGCAUAUUGGAGAGGAGAUGUAAACAGGCCAAUGCUUCAAAGGAUUUAUGGCACAGCAUGGGAAAGUGAAGAACAGCUUAAAGCUUACAUUCAUUUCAAAGAAGAAGCUCUACGGCGGGAUCACAGGCGUCUUGGCCAAGAUCUUGACCUGUUUUCUAUUGAGGAUGAUGCUGGAGGAGGAUUGGUUUUCUGGCAUCCAAAAGGGGCCAUUGUGAGGCACAUUAUCGAAGAUACAUGGAAAAAAUUGCACAUUGAACGUGGAUACAGUCUGCUGUACACUCCUCAUGUAGCCAAGGCAGAUCUAUGGAAAAUAAGUGGUCAUCUUGAUUUCUACAAAGAGAAUAUGUAUGACCAAAUGAAUAUCGAGGAUGAGCUUUAUCAGUUACGACCAAUGAACUGCCCGUACCAUAUUUUGGUUUACAAGAGAAAAAUGCACUCUUACCGGGAUUUUCCCAUUAGGGUUGCCGAGCUUGGAACAGUAUAUAGAUAUGAGUUAUCUGGAAGCUUGCACGGUCUUUUCCGUGUUAGAGGUUUCACUCAGGAUGAUGCCCAUAUAUUUUGUUUAGAAGAUCAAAUAAAAGACGAAAUAAGGGGGGUUCUCGAUCUUACGGAGCAAAUGCUGCUUCAGUUUGGUUUCGACCAAUAUGAAGUGAAUCUGUCUACAAGGCCAGAAAAAGCAGUGGGAGGAGACGAUAUAUGGGAAAAGGCUACUUCUGCUCUUAAAGAUGCUUUAGAUGAUAAAGGCUGGAGCUAUGAGAUUGACGAAGGUGGGGGUGCCUUCUACGGUCCGAAAAUUGAUCUCAAAAUCGAAGACGCACUUGGAAGGAAAUGGCAAUGCUCGACAAUUCAGGUUGAUUUCAAUUUGCCGGAGAGAUUUGACAUUACGUACGUGGACUCAAAUUCAGAGAAAAAACGACCCAUCAUGAUCCAUAGGGCUAUACUUGGAUCAUUGGAGCGAUUCUUCGGUGUUCUUAUUGAGCAUUAUGCUGGAGAUUUCCCACUAUGGCUUUCUCCUGUACAAGCUCGGGUCCUGCCUGUAACCGACACACAGCUUGAAUACUGUUAUGAGGUCGCUGAUUUACUCAAAACAAAUGGUGUACGUGCUGAAGUUUGCCAUGGCGAGCGCCUUCCUAAGCUCAUUAGAACCGCGGAAAAGCAGAGAAUCCCUUUAAUGGCUGUUGUUGGCCCUAGAGAGGCGGAGACUCAAUCGGUCACCGUACGAUCCAGAUUUGGUGGAGAACUGGGCACCAUGUCAGUUGACGAGUUUAACUGCAGAAUCAAGAAGGCCGUUGAGGACCGAAGCUCGUUCUGACGUUCUCAAUUGGAGCUUUGAAUAGACUCUUACAUUUACGAUUCUCGUUUGGAUCCCUGGCUAAAUUUUUUAAUGAAUUGAUUGGUAUACUCUCUUUGUCUCUCUGAUUUUGCACUGAUUUGUAAGAAUUUGAUUAUUAAUUUAUAGUUGUUGAAUAAGAUAGAAUAGAUAUACGGGUGAAAGAAA